AUGAAAAGGUCCAGGAUAAGAAAGCACUCCCCCAUCUACCUGAGUCCUUCACCUUCACCCGAGAGGGAAUUGUCACCACCCAGUCCGGCUUCAGCUGUCCUGGACUGGGAAUACACCACGAUCAUGUCGAGGUCGAGACCCACCAGCGGGGCCUUGAUGCCCGGCGCCGUCAUCCUAACACCACCCACUCUCUCGGAGAUCCUCUCGAACACCUCUACACCGCCAUGGACACUAGCAGCAUUUAUGGCAUACCUCUCUCAAAACCAUUGUCUGGAGACCCUGGAAUUUACUAUGGACGCCGACAGAUAUCGUAAGGCGUACGAGCAGAUCAUCACCAACCAGGAAUGGAUCGGCGAUGGUAAAGAGCAUGUCUGCUCACUGUGGGAGAAGCUCAUGCAAGCAUACAUCAUUCCAUACGCGCCGCGCGAGGUUAAUCUUCCUUCACCUGUGCGGAAUCAUCUUACGAAUCUGGACUGCUCCUCUGCCCCACCUCCUCCAAGUGAACUCGACGACGCCGUCAGAAUUGUCUACGAGCUUAUGAACGAUUCUGUACUUGUUCCCUUCAUCGAGUCGGUCCAACCGGGCCAUGGCGAUUGCCGUAUGGCGGAGGACGAAGGCCGACCUGGCCGCCUGCGCCUUCGGGCCGAGGGUGCUGGGGCUAGUGGUGCCACAAGUCGAUCGGCUUCUGCGUCUGGCGAACAAGCUGAACGCGAGGGAUUGACAGAUGAUAGUGGAAGCGCUGUUUCUCCUGGCACAGAGCCAAUGACUCCUCCCACUACUCCGCCAACUUCAGACUGGACAUUCAGCACCUCCCCAGGUGGACUUCAGCGGGCAUUGACCGCACACAACAACGGGUGGAAGAAGGAACCAGAGGUCAUGCCAUCAACUACAUCCACCACACCAGCGACAUCAUCUUCUCACCUCCCUCUGGACGGCUUCUCACGUGUCCGUCACCUUUUCAACCCGUGGGAGGAGCCUCAUCCAGGCAAACGACUACCUCUCGCGGCGUCAGAGGCCGGCAGUGAAAUUAAGAAGGUUGCUUUUGCUGGUCCACAACACAUCAAUAAUGGUGGAUGCAAAGGUGGCAUGGCCGCAAAGGAAUUUAGCGCUUACCACAAUCCACGGCCCUGGAUGGUACGACGCCCUAUUCGAGUUCGGUCGCGAACCAACACUCCCGCUCCCUUGAGGAUCACCACGGAGAUAUCCGAAGACGCCAAGUUGAAGCCGAUUUCUGUUCACAAGAUGGGAAUUAUCUCCCCUGCGGCACCCACUCCGGCCAUACCUCCUGCUGUGCCAGAAGAUUCUGGCGAACCGACAGGCAGAGGUGUUUGCGACGAGUUCACUGCCAAGGAAGUCGAUGCAAGCCAGCUGCCUCUUCCCGCAUCUCCGCCAAUCGAUUGUCGAUUUACGGACUUUUCGAACUUGCUGGGCAUCAACGUCCAUCCUCCACCAGAGGAUGAGGCUGUUGCAAUGGCUAACGACGAGCCUGCAUCGUAUUGCCAUGCCGCACCCGACGAGGAUCUCUAUGGAUGGGAUGCUGAGCUUGAGCGGCAAAGCCAGCAAAGCAGCCCGAUUUUACCGUACGCAUGCGAUGAUGAUUACCAAUACCGACGGACGAGCAUGACGAAGCGUAGCCUCUUGCACCGAGUCUUCAGCAUGGGAGGUUCACCCAAAGAUAUCAACAUAGAAGUGCGCAGAGCUAGCAGCACCUCCAGCUAG